UGAAAGUCAUGAAAAGUUUCCACCUCACAUUUGCACAUAGGAAUUGAUAGGAUAAAGAACACACACAUGACACAUCACUUAAAUAAUUUCCAUGUCCAAAUAAUUGCAAAAUACUUUAAUAAUUCUACAAACUUUGAAUCAAAAGAAUAUACGAAUACUCAAAAAGUAAGAAUCACCAACAACAAACAUUCUAUUGGAUUAACCAAAAAAAUGGGAGGUUCAUCGAAAACGGUGAGGAAGUUAGAGGUGGCGACACCGGUACCGGCGGACAUUGACAUAGCAAAUGCGGUGGAGCCGCUUCAUAUCGCUGAUAUUGCCGCCGAUCUCAAUCUCUCUCCUCGUCACUACGACCUUUAUGGCAAAUACAAGGCCAAGGUUUUGCUGUCUGUGUUGGAUGAAGUUCAAGAAACCCAGGAUGGAUAUUACGUCGUGGUUGGUGGAAUUACUCCUACUCCUCUCGGGGAAGGCAAAUCUACCACCACUGUUGGUCUUUGUCAAGCCUUGGGAGCUUUCCUUGAUAAGAAGGUUGUCACUUGCCUUCGUCAACCAUCACAAGGGCCAACUUUUGGAAUAAAAGGUGGUGCAGCUGGUGGUGGUUAUAGUCAAGUGAUUCCAAUGGAUGAGUUCAACCUUCACUUAACUGGGGAUAUACAUGCUAUAACAGCUUCAAACAAUCUUCUCGCUGCUGCCAUAGACACCAGAAUGUUCCAUGAGUCCACCCAGUCAGAUAAAGCUCUCUUUAACCGUUUGUGCCCCCCUAACAAAGAAGGUAAAAGAACCUUUUGUAACAUUAUGCACAGGCGUUUGAAAAAGCUUGGUAUUGAUAAGACUAAUCCAGACGACCUUACACCGGAAGAGGUCACAAAAUUUGCUAGGCUUGAUAUUGACCCCGAUUCCAUUACAUGGAGAAGAGUUAUGGAUGUGAAUGACCGGUUUUUGAGGAAAAUUAGUGUUGGUCAGGGGCCUGAUGAGAAGGGGAUGGUAAGAGAAACUGGAUUUGAUAUUUCCGUUGCUAGUGAGAUAAUGGCAGUUCUGGCUCUAACAACUUCUCUGGCUGAUAUGAGGGAGAGACUUGGGAAAAUGGUGAUUGGAAAUAGCAAGGCUGGAGAACCGAUUACUGCUGAUGAUCUUGGCUUAGGUGGUGCUUUGACUGUAUUAAUGAAGGAUGCAAUCAACCCCACGCUGAUGCAGACUCUGGAAGGAACACCUGUGCUUGUUCAUGCUGGUCCUUUUGCAAAUAUUGCUCAUGGUAAUUCCUCUAUUGUUGCUGACAAGAUUGCCCUGAAGCUGGUUGGACCUGGUGGGUUUGUGGUUACUGAAGCAGGGUUUGGUUCUGAUAUCGGAACUGAGAAGUUCAUGAACAUAAAGUGCCGAUAUAGUGGUUUGACUCCACAGUGUGCUAUUGUUGUUGCGACAGUGAGGGCUUUGAAAAUGCAUGGUGGUGGACCACAAGUAGUGGCUGGCAAGCCUCUUGAUCGUGCAUACUUAACAGAGAAUGUGGGUCUUGUUGAGGCUGGCUGUGUUAAUCUUGCCAGGCAUAUUAUAAAUACGAAGGCCUAUGGUUCAAAUGUCGUGGUUGCCAUCAACAUGUUUUCUUCUGACACAGAAGCAGAGCUGAAUGCUGUUAAAAAAGCAGCAAUGGAUGCUGGAGCGUUUGACGCAGUUAUUUGUACCCAUCACGCCCAUGGUGGAAAAGGAGCGGUGGAUCUUGGCAUAGCUGUUCAGAAAGCAUGUGAGAACGUAACGCAGCCUUUGAGGUUCUUAUAUCCUCUGGAUAUUAGCAUCAAAGAGAAAAUAGAGGCAAUUGCAAAGUCUUAUGGUGCUGCUGGCGUCGAAUACUCAGAACAGGCUGAGAAAAAGAUUGAGAUGUACAGCAAGCAAGGGUUCUCCAAUCUUCCAAUAUGCAUGGCAAAAACGCAAUAUUCAUUUUCCCACAAUGCUGCUGAAAAGGGAGCUCCAAGCGGAUUUAUCUUGCCUAUUCGGGAUGUUAGAGGUAGCAUCGGAGCUGGAUUCAUUUACCCGUUGGUAGGAACCAUGAGUACAAUGCCUGGGCUCCCAACAAGGCCGUGCUUCUUUGAUAUUGAUCUCGACACUACAACAGGGAAGGUUAUCGGUCUUUCUUAGGAAAAAAAUUGAGUUAGUUUCCCUUUUCCAGCCAAACUUCUUGGACCUUUUUUAUUUUUUGUAUGAACUUCUGUAUUUCUUAUGAGCCAUUAUUUCCCAUUGCUUCACUAAUAAAUAGAAGCUAAUAAGUCUUGCCCUUUGUUCGGUCUGUGUACCCCUCGGCCUUUCUAUACUAGAUGUGUGCAUCAAUGUUGGAUCUUAUUUGUAAUCAUCAAAUUUAUAGAUUAUACAAGUAAUCUGAAGAUGGUUAUUUUACCAUCAUUUUCUCUGUUA